AUGAUAGAAGAUAUUAUUGGAAAACCAGUACUAGCAAUUGAUGUAAUUGCCCAUUUAAUCAGAGCAUUAGCCGACCAUGCAAUGACUGCAAUGGAAGCUCAAGGAACAAGAGUAAACACAAAUGACAAAAGGAUACAAUGGGUACUUACAGUUCCAGCUAUUUGGACAGAUAAUUCAGAAAAUUUCAUGACAGAUUGCGCAGAAAAGGCUGGAAUACAACAGGACCAUCUGUUAUUGAUAAAGCAACAGGAAGCGGCGUUAAUAUACUGCCAUCAUCUCCCUUUAAAUAAAGUGGGAGACGCAGAAUUGUCUGGUGAAGAAACCAAAUGUAUGGUGGUUGAUCUUGGAGGUACCACAGUAGACAUAUCUGUGUUUGGGAAACUAGUUAAAGGCGGUGAAAAGGAAUUAGGUAGAAUAACAAGAGGAGAUUGCGGUGGAACAUCCGUCGACAAUGGGUUCAUACAACUGUUUGAAAAUAUCUUAGGGAAACAUCUUCUGAACACCAUGGAACGAGAGCAUUUUAAAGAUUACCUAGAUUUGCUUACAGGGUGGGAAGCAUCUAAAAGGACUUUUAAAGCAGAUGAUGAGAUAAGUAUCAAUGUACCAAAUCAAACUCUGGACUCACUUUGCAAAAGACAUUUGCAAAAAGACUUUUCUACUGUGUUAGAAUCUACUUAUGCAAAUUCAAUUUCCAUAAAAUUUAAUAAGAUGAGAAUAGACAGAGAUCUGUCGAAGAGCAUUUUUGAUAACACUAUAAAGAGAAUUUUAAAAUUACUGCAAGAACUGUUUACAGUCUUUGAUUUUCAGACUGAAGAAUUAAUAUUUUUAGUUGGAGGCUUUUCAGAGUGUAAAUUGAUACAACUCACAAUUAAGGAUGCCUUUCCAAUGAAAACAAUACUAGUACCAGAGCCAACUGAUCUCGCAACUCUGAAAGGUGCUGUGCUUUAUGGUCACAACAACGAAAAAUGUUAUGAUUUAUUACAACCAUAUGAAGCAAGCAAAUUGAUCUCGUCCUCAUAA